AGAACAAGGCUUUGUGUGUAUGUUCUUUUCUCCCUCUUGGGUCUCUCUCCUGGUUCAUCGAUCUCAAGUGAUCGUUCCAUAUUGGACCUUGACCUAGCCAAGUACACCACACAGGAACAGGUGUCUUCACUAUUCCAACUAUGGAAGAAGGAGCAUGGACGCCUCUAUAGGAACAACCAAGAAGAGGAAAGAAGACUCGAGAUUUUCAAGAAUAACUUGAACUAUAUCAGGGACAUGAAUGCCCAUCGUUUGGGGUUGAACAAGUUUGCUGACAUUAGUCCUGAAGAGUUCAGCGAAAAGUACUUGCAAGAUCCGAAGGAUGUGUCACAGUCCAUCAACAUGGUCAACAAGAAAAUGAAGGAGGAACAGCAUUCUUGUGACCACGCACCUGAAUCCUGGGAUUGGAGCAAAAAAGGUGUCAUCACAGAAGUAAAGUACCAAGGGCAGUGUGGAAGUGGUUGAACAUUUUCUGCCACGGGAGCCAUAGAAGCAAUACAUGCAAUAACAACAGGAAACCUUGUUAGCCUUUCCGAGCAAGAACUCGUAGAUUGUGUCGAUGCUAGUAAAGGUUGUUACAACGAAUGGAACUUUCAGUCAUUCCAAUGGGUAAAAGAUAAUGGUGGGAUUGCCACUGAAGAUGAUUAUCCUUACAAAGCCAAAGAAGGUACCUGCAAAGCCAAUAAGAUACAAGAACCGGUUACGAUUGACGGGUUUGAAACUCUAAUACUGACAAAUGAUAGUACAGAAUCAGAGACAGAGAAAGCAUUGUUGUGUUCCACCCUUGAGCAACCAAUUAGUGUGUCCAUUGAUUCAAAAGAUUUUUAUUUCUACAGUGAUGGCAUAUAUGAUGGAGGAAAUUGUUCAAAUCCUUAUGGGGUAAACCACUUUGUUUUAAUUGUGGGUUAUGGUUCAGUGGAUGGUGUAGAUUAUUGGAUAGCGAAAAAUUCAUGGGGAAUGGAUGGUUAGAUUUGGAUCCAAAGAAACACGGGUAAUCCAUUAGGAGUAUGUGGGAUGAACUUUUUCGCAUCUUACCCAACUAAGAAGAAUUCAGAAACUCCAAGACUAGAUUCUUCUUCUCUCUGAUCUAUGAAGCUCAAAUCAAAUGCUUGUUUUCUUUGAGACAAGCAUCGCUUCUCUAUGAUUUUAUGCGACGGUGAAGUGUUUUU